AUGGAAGAGGCAGCGAUCGCGUCGGGCGCACCCACGUCGUCCGCCCGGUACGUGCGAGGGACGGUGUCGCCGCGCCGUGCGUCGCGCUUCUUCUUGCCGCGCGACUUGAAUGUACCACUGGAUGCGCCGCCAUCGCCGACGCGCACGGGCAAGGCGGCGCGAGGCGCCGAGCGGACGCCGCUCGCGCUGCGUCGGCGCUCCGCCGUGGGCCGGCAGGCGCUGCAUGCGUCGGCGCGGCGCCGCCUGCCGUACGAGCUCGCAUCGCAUGCGUACCUCGCUUCGUUCCACACGGACGCGGACGCGCCGUACCAGCUCGACUCGGGCUGUAUACCCCAUGGCUAUGCGGCGCCCCUCAGCGCGUCGUACAUGCACCGCGCGUGCGCGGCGCCCGGCGUGCCGCAGCUGCUCGCUGUCGGCGACGACGAGGGCCGCGUGCACCUGCUCGACACGCUCGUCGCCCCCGCGGCGUGGGAGCCGCGCGCGCUGCGGCACAGCACGCAGCCGCUCAUCGAUGGCUCGCUCUUUGCGAUGGCGUGGCGCCCUGACGACGCGGCGCUCGCGCUCGGCGGGAGCGACUACUCGGUGUCCGUGUGGGACGUGGAGCGGGAGCAGUGCCUCGCCACGUACGAUGCGCACCGCGGGAGCCCGCGCGCCCUCGCGUGGGACCCGGCGGGUGGUGGGCAGGUGCUGUGCAGCGGCGCGCGCGACGGCGCCGUGUACGUGUGGGAUGUGCGGCAGGCGUCGCCGGCGAUGCACCUGCCCGAGGCGCACCGCGCGCGCCGCGCGCGGCGCCGCGCGCCGGCGCACGACGCCGUGACGUCGGUGGCGUACCUGCCGUCCGGCCUGCUGGCCACGGCGGGGAGCAGCACAGCGGCGGUGCGUGUGUGGGAGCCGCGCAUGGCGCGGGCCGUGCAGGGGAGCGCCGACCUCUCGCGCGAGAUGCCGUGGAACACGCGGCCGCACGGCGUCUCGUCGCUGGCCGUCGCUGCGUCGCGCGGCCGCAUGUACGCGGCGUGCACGGACGGGUGCAUAUACGUGCUGGACACGUCGGACGUGGCGCGCGCUCUUCCGCCCGGCGAGGCGCGCGCCUUGUGGGCGCCUGCCCAGCGGCACAAUACGCUGUAUGCGCGCCUGGCGCUGUACGAGGACCGGCUUCUCGCGCUGGGAUGCAAUUCGGGCGACGUGGUGCUAUGGGACACGCAAGCGGCGCAUGCGCCCGCCGCGGGCCGCGAGGGCGCCGUGGGCGGGGGGCAUGUGGUGCCACGGGCCCACGAGGCGCAUGCGGAGGUGAACGCGGUGGCAUGGAGCCGCGGGCCGCGGGGGCCGACGCUGGCGUCCGCGAGCGACGACGGGACCCUUCGGACGUGGCGGGCGGCCUAG